GUUUGAUCAAAAGUGCAAACCACCACACAAAAUCGUGGAAAGUGGUAGAACAAUUAUUUAAUGAACUUUAUUAAACAUAAGAAAAAAUUGGCAAAUAUUUAAAAUUGUAAUUAAUGGUACAGUUAUGGCAAAUCAUGGUAAUUCCUGCAAUGGAAGUGUUCGACAACUGAUUUAUAUCUAAUGUACUCAUUGAGGUACUAGGCUACUAGAUAUUGGGCAUGAAGAAGUUGACGGAAUCGAAGCAUCAUAUUCAGUGCACCAUUGUUGCAGUUCUGUUUUUAUCUAUAAUUGAUUCCUCAAUAUAAUUCUCCGCUACAGUAGAGGAUUUCCAGCCCCCAAGGCGCUUCAGUGAUAAAAUAUCUCCGCCACAUUCAGCCAACAUUGUAGGGGAGGACCGACAUAGUGAGUGACCAGUAUAUAGCUCCGGAUCAUCUAAUUUCAAAAAUUUUGCAAUUUUAUUGUGUUACUAAUUGUAUUGUGCCCAAUAUUUUGUUUUACAGGUUUACAACCUCAGAAACCAAUGAAAGCUUUUGGCAUAUCUGGACUGGGUUUUGUGACCGCGUUCAUAAUAAUUGGCCAAUGGUUUAAAACAGAAGCAAGAACUUUUCUACAAGGUCCUACGUUUUGUCGUAAUUUAAAGAAAAAAUCUGAAGUUACUCCUAUCAAAAUCCAGGAUAGUAUAAGCAACGUAGGGAAAGCAUUCCAAACAUCAAAUAAGGAAAACCCAGGAGGAAAAUUAUUCCGUGGAGACGACUCACUAUUCGUUAACAAAUUUUUCGGAAGUGGAUAUAACCAUAAACGCCAGAAAAGAAGUUUUAAAGAAGCUGAAGAAAAUUCCUUGUUGGACGAAGACCCAGAAAACAACGAAGAAACUCCAGAAGACGUAGUACGCCAAGAUGAAGACUUUCAAAGGCAGCAAAUGAUGGCUUCAAAUUUGACGAAUAGUUCCAAAGUCCUUUACGAAGAACUUGAAAAUCCCGAAACAAAAAAUUCAGAGAGCGGAGCCGUCUGCGUUAACGAAGAUGAGAAAAAUUAUGUAAGCAAAGCGGGUACAAGUGGAGUGAAACAAGUAAGUUUUAAUGGUAGAGCAGCAAGUAAUAAUUUCUUGGAGAUGCACUUCUAUAAACCACAACCGGAGAGAGAAAAUUUGAAGAUAAUUCCAGGAGAUAAAAAGUCACUUGUUAUCAAUUUGUAUGAGCAAGGCUCGAAAAGUAAGAAGGAAAUUCAAACUUCGGAGAAAUAUGACUACAUCGAGCUUCUGUCCAAGGAGAGUAAGUUGGUACAAGUUCCCGCUGUGAGAUUUACUGUGGUUCCAGGCGAAAGUACAAACAGGCGAAGGAGGAAAGAUAGAUUUGUUCCUUUUUAUACUUCUCGAUACGGACCGUAUCCAUAGCGCCCGUGAAUUUAUACAUAUACUGUUUAAUUUUUACUUCAACCAUUAAUGUGUAAUUAAUGUCUGAUUAUUAUAUUUUAUUAUUUUAUAA